AUGCGUUUGAAAUUUACAUUUCCUACAACCUUUAGACACUAUGGUCGUGUGGACUGUAUUGGUUGGAUGUCACCAGAUGAUCUAUAUUCGAUAGGAGAAGAUCAUAUUAUAUAUAAAUACAAUGGGGCACAAAAUGAAUUGAGUAAAAUUGGUGAAUUAGGACAACAUCUGUAUGCACUUGACAUGCACUGGUUGCCGAGAUGUAUAACAAGUCUAGGUAGUAGUGGCAUUGUUCAUGGGGUCAAUUCAGGUUCAGGAGGCAAACAGACCAUUGGAUCAGAUCUUUUUCUUCUAGCUACUAACGAUGGUAUGGACUCUUUAGACCAUUUAUUAACGACAACAUAUGAGUUAUUUUUAGGUAAAUUCUUUUUUGUGAAUAAAACUGGACGCAUGGAAAAAGCUGUUGAAGCACAUCAAGGUGCAAUCAUAUGUGUACGAUGGAGUUCUGAUGGCAGCCAAAUAGCAACAGGUUAA